UUGAGCUUCCAUAUUCGCUGAUCUGUACAUGUUUUUCUGUUUUCGUGAGGGAAUUGUGUUUUUGCCAAGUGAUGUUGGCUUCUGUGGCCGAGGACACGCGUGACCGACCUCGUAUGAUGUUACCUGUCAAUAAAGAAAACUUGGAUUCGAGAAAGAGGAAAUACAAUCCUAUAUGUCUACUUUGGAGCUGACAAAUUUCAAGAUGUGGUUGUUGAUACCUAGAUGCUCCUACUGUUGUACACAUCUUCAACUGCUCCCGUCCACCAGAUACCACCAACCACCGAGGACUCUUGGAUUAUAAGCAUACUGUACAAAAUAUGCGGUGCUGAUGGGAUGCCUUACUCAAGAAACCGGACAUUUACUUAUCUACCUGCCUGCAUGAGUAAAUGACGAAACCAACCCGAACCAACCGGUAGGUAAAAUCAACCGUGUUUUCGGUUGCUCGCCUAUCUAAAUCCGUAUGUUCAUGGAGUGUGACGUGCGUGGAUACGGUUUCGAGGCAGUGCACGCCUUAUAUACCGGUCAACCUAACAUGACCAGACCUAACCUCAACUUGACCUACCUGCAUAUACGUACAAGUAUGCAAAAGGCCAAGGCAUACUGGUAGUUGUAUUGAAGCUAGAUGUAUACUCGAGAGGAGGUGACGAGCAGCGAGUCUGCUGAAGUACAUGUAUAUAUAACCUCUCAAGUAUCCCCAGGACUUGGAUAGAAUUGUCAAACAUCGGAAAGAUUUUUUUUUCGGACGGUCUGAUGGAUGCAUUAUAC